AUGUCUUUAUCAUUAGAAUCAUCAGAACAACGAAAUUCACAAAAUUCGGACUCAAUCGACAUAAAAAAUGCAAAAGUUAAAACCACUCCAACAUCUUUAUCAAUAACAACCCGGACAAUUAAGAAUGAUGAUUUUGGGAAUUUAGGAAUAAAUUCCUGGUUAAUUCAAGCAUUAAAAUCAAUGUCAAUUAAAAUACCUACAGAAAUUCAAGUAGCAUGUAUACCCAAAAUUCUUGAAGGCAAAGAUUGUAUAGGUGAAGCAAAGACUGGUAGUGGUAAAACUGCAGCUUUUGCUUUACCAAUAUUACAAAAAUUGUCUGAAGAUCCUUUUGGUAUUUUUGCUCUCGUGUUAACACCGACAAGAGAAUUAGCAUUUCAAAUUGCGGAUCAAUUUAAAGUUCUCGGUAAAGGAAUUAAUUUAAAAGAUUGUGUUAUAGUUGGUGGACUUAAUAUGAUGGAUCAAGCAUUAGAAUUAUCAAGAAAACCACAUAUUGUUAUUGCAACACCUGGUCGAUUAGUUGAUCAUAUAAAUACAGAUCGUCUAUUGUCAGAUACAUUUUCUGAAGAUCUUGAAGUAAUAUUUGAUCAUAUACCUUCAAAAAGACAAACUUUAUUAUUUACAGCAACAAUGACAGAGAAUAUUUUAGCUUUGCAAGAUAUUGAAAAAGAACCCGGAAAAAAACCUUUUGUUUAUCAG